AUGAAACGCAAUCUUUUACUCUGCGUUGAUGCCUUUGGCACUUUGUUCCGACCUCGCAGUCCUAUUGCUGAGCAAUAUGGUAGUGUGGCUAGGGGUAUGGGUGUCAAGAUUUCUGAUGAGGAAGUUGCGAAGUCAUUUAAGAGUGCAUUCAAAGAGAUAUCAAAGGCGUAUCCUAAUUAUGGUAAAAAGACGGAUAUGGGAGCGAGGCAAUGGUGGACUGAGGUCAUCAACAAAACAUUCACACCCCACCAUCAGGGACCUCUCCCGACUAACCUCACUUCAACAUUGAUCAACCGCUUCUGGUGUAAAGACGGCUACACCCUCUUCCCAGACGUCUCCUACCUCCAAAAACUCUCCAAUUCACCUCAACGACAGCAAGAAGCUCCAUCAAGACUAGUGAUUGGCGUCAUCACAAACUCAGACGACAGAGUGCCAGACGUAUUGACCUCGCUAGGUUUGCGAGUGAAUCCUCUACGCUACAACCCUACCAUCAAAGACAGCACACAAGAAGUCCGCAAAGCAGAACAAGCACAACACCACCAAAACCCAGACAUAGAUUUCUGCGUCAUGUCUUACGACGUCGGUGUCGAAAAACCCUCGUCUGAAAUCUUCGACGCAGCUAUCGACACUUUAUCUUCUCUUCUUUCUUCCGAGGGCAAGGACUACAAAGAAGAAGAUUGGGGCUUGGUAUAUGUAGGCGAUGAAGUGGGGAAAGAUGCAAAAGGUGCUGUGAUGGCAGGUUGGGAUGCUGUGCUAUUGGACAGAGGCGGCGAAGUGGAUACUGCUUAUGAGGGUGAUGCACCAGGUGUAGAAGGUUGGAUUGAGGUUGAAGGUAAAAAAGUGCCUAUUCUUGAGGGCUUUGAGGCUUUGGGGUCCUACGGGGGGCAUGAGCUCUUGAAACUUGGGUCGACGUGA